CUCCGUGAAUUUCAAACUGCACAAACAAUGGUAUUUGCCAUUGAGGAAAUCAACAAUAGAACUGAUAUUCUUCCUGGAGUUAAACUAGGUUAUACAAUUUAUGAUUCUUGUGGAUCAGUAGAAAUAACUACAAGAGCCUCCUUGUCCUUAGUUAAUGGAAAUGAAGAAAAUACAUCUGUAAUGUCUUGCUCAAAACCUGAUAGAGUUCAAGCAAUCAUAGGAGAAACAUCAUCCAGCACAUCUAUUGCCAUGUCUCUUGCUGUGGGACCUUUGCACAUACCUGUGGUCAGUCACUUUGCAACAUGUGCAUGUCUAAGUGACAAGAAAAAACAUCCAUCUUUCUUCAGAACUGUUCCCAGUGAUUAUUACCAGAGCAGAGCUUUGGCUAAGUUAGUCAGGCAUUUUGGCUGGACCUGGGUAGGAGCUAUAUGCAGUAAUAAUGACUACGGAAACAAUGGCAUAAAUGAAUUCAUCAUUGCAGCCAAAGAAGAGGGAAUCUGUGUUGAGUAUUCAAAAGCAUUUUUUAGGACGGACCCCCGAGAAAAAAUUCUGAAAGUAGUUGAGAUUAUCAAGGCUUCAACAUCUAAAGUUAUUGUAGCAUUUGUCUCAACCUCUGACCUUGCUGUUCUUCUGAAGGAAAUGGCAUUACAAAACAUGACUGGGUUUCAGUGGAUUGGAAGUGAGUCCUGGAUUUCUGAUCCAGUUAAUAUCCAAUGGCAACAUCUGCUGAAAGGAUCAAUGGGUUUUGCUAUGCCAAAAGCUCAAAUCAAUGGCCUACAUGAAUUUCUGACCAAACUUAAUCCAGCUUAUGAUCCAACUAUUUUUAAAGAGCUGUGGGAGACGAUAUUUGAAUGUAAGCUUCCCACACAAGAAAAUGUUAAGAUAGAACAAAUGUGCAAAGGUAAUGAAAGUCUUAGUCAAGUUCAAAACCUUUACACAGAUGUUUCAGAGUUACGAGUUGCAAAUAAUGUUUACAAGGCUGUUUAUGCUGUGGCUUAUGCACUGCAUAACGCAUACGGUUGUUCUAAGAGAGAAAGUGAACAAGAAGGUCUUAUUGCAUGUGCAAAUAUGAGUAAUAAACCAUGGCAGGUAGUGAAUGAGUUAAAGAAGCUCCGUUUCACCACUGCAACUGGAGAGGAUGUAUAUUUUGAAAAUGGAGACCCUGCAGCAAGGUAUGAACUGCUGAACUGGCAACAAAGCAAAGAUGGUAAAGCAGUGUUUGUUAAAGUGGGUUUCUAUGAUGACUCUCUGGAAAGACACAAUCAGUUGUCAUUUAACAAAAUCAGUAUAACCUGGGCCCACAACAAAUCACAGGUGCCAGUCUCUGUGUGUAGUCCAAGUUGCCCCCCAGGCACCAGGAAGGCUGUGCAGAAAGGAAGGCCAAUCUGCUGCUUUGACUGUAUUCCGUGUGCAGACGGGGAAAUCAGUAACAUAACAGAUUCCAUAACUUGCCUCAGGUGCCCACCUGAUCUGUGGUCUAAUGACAAGAAAACUACCUGUGUCUUAAAGUUGGUGGAAUUCCUGUCAUUUGAGGAUUUAAUGGGAAUCAUUCUUUUAUUAUUUUCUUUGUUAGGAGUUUCUUUCACCAUCUUCAUUGCUGAUUUUUUUAAACACAAGGACACACCAAUUGUUAGAGCAAAUAAUUCUGAACUGAGUUUCUUACUCCUGUUCUCUCUGACUUUAUGUUUCCUUUGUUCGAUAACAUUCAUUGCUCAGCCUUCUGCAUGGUCCUGUAUGCUGCGCCACACAGCUUUUGGGACCACGUUCGUCCUCUGUAUCUCCUGUGUUCUGGGGAAAACAGUAGUUGUGUUAAUGGCCUUCAGAGCUACACUUCCUGGUAGUAAUGUCAUGAAAUGGUUUGGGCCUCUACAGCAGAGACUCAGUGUACUUGCCUUCACUCUAGUACAGGUCAUCAUUUGUAUACUUUGGUUAACAAUAUCUCCUCCCUUUCCCUACAAGAAUAUGAAGUAUUACAAGGAAAAGAUCAUAUUAGAGUGUAAUGUAGGUUCAGCUAUAGGUUUCUGGGCUGUGCUGGGUUAUAUAGGACUUCUGGCUCUUUUAUGUUUUAUUUUGGCUUUUCUGGCCCGGAAGCUACCUGACAAUUUCAAUGAAGCAAAAUUCAUUACAUUUAGUAUACUCAUAUUCUGUGCAGUGUGGAUCACCUUUAUUCCAGCUUAUGUCAGCUCUCCUGGAAAAUUCACUGUAGCUGUAGAGAUCUUUGCUAUUUUAACAUCAAGCUUUGGUUUAUUGUUCUGCAUAUUUGUUCCAAAGUGUUAUAUAAUCAUACUGCAGCCAGAGAAAAACACUAAAAAGCAGAUGAUGGGUAAAGCACCUGCUAAAUUAACCUUCUAG